AUGGUCCAACGAGUGACUCUUCGAACCCGGAAAUCAUACAACACCUCCUCGAACUUGAGGAGAAUCAUCAAGACACCCGGUGGCAAGCUCUCCUACCUCCGACUGCACAAGCAGGCCACCGCCCCAAAAUGCGGUGACUGCCGCAUCGCUCUCCCCGGUGUUCCCGCUCUCCGGCCCGUCCGCUACGCCACCGUUUCCAAGCGGGUCAAAACCGUCCAACGCCCAUACGGAGGCUCCCGGUGCGGAAACUGUGUCCGAGACAGAAUUGUCCGAGCCUUCUUGGUCGAGGAGGCCAAAAUUGUCAAAAAGGUGUUGAAGAGUCAGGCCGUCCCCAAAUCCAAGAAAUAA